AAAAAAUUAUUUAAAAACAUUUUAUGUUUUCCAAAAAAAUGAGUGGCUUCAACCAGAUGGAUCUCGCUAUAAAAAUGAAAAUUUCCUGGUUUUUAUUAUCAUUUAUCUGCGUAAAUGUUUUGGCAGAUAUAAGUAUAAUGGAUUAUAUAGAGUUGGUUGAAAUUUCAAACGAGCAACUCCGGAAAGCUUCUGCACAUAAAGUUCAAAUUAUUGAAAGUCAAACCUUUAUAGAUGGAUUGGAGCAUGUACUUACAGACAUGAUAAAUACAGGACACUGUGAAAUGAAGCAUUACAAUCAAAUGUUCACUGUACCGGAACGUGCGCAAACUCACAACUUUGACCUUCUACAAGAUGCCAUAAACACAGAAAAAUAUACUUUGCAAAAGAAAUUAUUGGAAACAAUAGGUAUCACGGCGGCUGAUGAUAAAAACCAAAGUUAUUGCCAGUUAUUUGUUAGUAGUAAAUAG